UUGGUUAGGCUGGUAUCAAACUCCUGACCUCAGGUGAACCACUCGCCUUGGCCUCCCAAAGUGCCAGGAUUACCGGUGUGAGCCAUCAUGCCUGUCCCAACACACAGUUUCUAAUAUACUGUAAAGGUUUCAUUUCUUUUUGUAGAAUAUAUUUUGGUAAUGUAUGCUUUGAAUAAAUGAGUUUCAGAUCCCUGUUUUUGAGAAAAUCUUAAGGAUUUGUCUGUAUUGAGAAGAAUUUCUUCAGUAUGUUUCAUCUUGAUCUGAACUUACCACAUUCCUGAGCUGAUAUGUGUCCUUCACUCUAGAUUAGUGGUAAUUUCAGAAGUUUAGUGGCAUAAAACAUUGUUGCCCACACCUUAAAAUCUAAUUGCCAGCACAAAGUUUUGAUUCAUAAGUACUGGGUAAUGAAAUUAAGAACCUGCAAAUUUAGAAUAUUUUCUAAGUAUUUAAAAAUUUCUGUUAUAAGUCAGUAUUUUGGGAUUAGUUUGCUAUUCUAUUACAUUCUCUUUACUGAGCACAUUACUAGGUUGGUAAUUGGAGAAUAUGAGCAAGAUUCAUGUUAUUUAUUUUUUAAUAAAACAGGUAUUGCUGUCUCUAAGCCAGACCUGAUCACCUGUCUGGAGCAAGAAAAAGAGCCUUUAACUAUGCAGAGACAUGAGAUGGUAGAUGAACCCCCUGUAAUGUGUUCUCAUUUUGCCCAAGAGUUUUGGCCAGAGCAGAACAUAAAGGAUUCUUUUGAAAAAGUGGCACUGAGAGGAUAUGAAAAAUGUGGAAAUGAUAAUCUUCAGUUAAAAGGCUGUAAAAGUGUGGAUGAAUGUAAGGUGUACAAAGGAGGUUAUAAUGGACUUAACCAAUGUUUACCAGCUACGCAGAGCAAAAUGUUUCAAUGUGAUAAAUAUGUGAAAGUCUUUAAUAAAUUUUCACAUUCAGAUAGACAUAAGAUAAAACAUGUGGAAAAUAAACCUUUCAAAUGUAAAGAAUGUGGCAAAUCAUUUUGCAUUCUUUCACACCUAACUCAACGUAAAAGAAAUUAUACCAAGGUGAAUUUCUGCAAAUGUGAAGAAUGUGAAAAAGCUUUUAACCAAUUUUCAAAGUUUACUAAACAUAAAAGAAUUUAUACUUGUGAGAAACUCUACAGAUGUCAAGAAUGUGACAAAACUUUUAACCAAUUCUCAAACCUGACUGAAUAUAAAAAAGAUUAUACUCGAGAGAAACCAUAUAAAUGUGAAGAAUGUGGCAAAGCCUUUAACCAGUCCUCACACCUUACUACACAUAAGAUAAUUCAUACAGGAGAGAAACCCUACAAAUGUGAAGAAUGUGGCAAAGCCUUUAACCAGUUCUCAAAUCUUACUACACAUAAAAAAAUUCAUACUGGAGAGCAACCCUACAUAUGUGAAGAAUGUGGCAAGGCUUUUACCCAAUCCUCAACCCUUACUACACAUAAGAGGAUUCAUACUGGAGAGAAACCCUACAAAUGUGAAGAAUGUGGAAAAGCUUUUAACCGAUCCUCAAAACUUACUGAACAUAAAAACAUUCAUACUGGAGAGCAACCCUACAAAUGUGAAGAAUGUGGCAAAGCUUUUAACCGAUCCUCAAAUCUUACAGAACAUAGGAAAAUUCAUACUGAAGAGAAACCCUACAAAUGUAAAGAAUGUGGCAAAGCUUUUAAACACUCCUCAGCCCUUACUACACAUAAGAGAAUUCACACUGGAGAGAAGCCCUACAAAUGUGAAGAAUGUGGCAAAGCUUUUAACCGAUCCUCAAAACUUACUGAACAUAAGAAACUUCAUACUGGAAAGAAACCCUACAAAUGUGAAGAAUGUGGCAAAGCUUUUAUCCAGUCCUCAAAACUUACUGAACAUAAGAAAAUUCAUUCUGGAGAGAUACCCUACAAGUGUGAAGAAUGUGGCAAAGCUUUUAAACACUCCUCAUCCCUUACUACACAUAAGAGAAUUCAUACUGGGGAGAAACCCUACAAAUGUGAAGAAUGUGGCAAAGCUUUUAGCCGAUCCUCAAAACUUACUGAACAUAAGAUAAUUCAUACUGGAGAGAAACCCUAUAAAUGUGAGAGAUGUGACAAAGCUUUUAACCAAUCUGCAAACCUUACUAAACAUAAAAAAAUUCAUACUGGAGAGAAACUCUACAAAACUGGAAGGUGUGACAAUGCUUUUGACAACGCCUCAAACUUUUCUAAAUAUAAAGGAAAUCAUACUGGUGAAAAAUUCUAGAAAUGUAAAGAAUGUGUCAAAGAUUUUAAAUGGUUUUCACACUUCAUUGUAAGAUAAUUCAUACUGGAGAAAACUACAAGUGUGAAGAAUUUGGCAAUACUGUUAAUUAAGGCUCAAACCGUAUUGCACAGGAAAGCAUUUAUACUUAAGAAAAAUUGUACAGAUAUAAAGAAUGUAAAGUAGCCAUUAAUAUCUGUUGACAUCCUAAUAUCAGAAUGUUGGUACUUAAUAAAAGCAUUAUAAAUGCAA